AAAAGCAGAGUUCCCCGAGGAGGGUCUCUGGCAGCAGCUGGAGCGUGUGAUGCUCUCCCUGACGCUGUGACCAGAUCCCUGCUGGAACCACACCAUGGGCGGGGGCAAGCAGCUAAAGGUCACCCUUGUUUUCAGCCUGCCGCUCGUUUUUCAGUUCUGUGCCGGGGACAACGUCACCGAUGACUAUGACUCCAACACCACCAUCGACUACACCAUGUUCGAGACCCUGUGUGAGAAGAAGGAGGUGCGUUCAUUCCGCGCCGCCUUCCUCCCGGCCAUGUACAGCCUCAUCUGCUUCACGGGGCUGCUGGGCAACGGGCUGGUCAUGCUCACCUACAUCUACUUCAAGAGGCUGAAGACCAUGACGGACAUCUACCUGCUGAACCUGGCUCUGGCAGACAUCCUCUUCCUGCUGACCCUGCCCUUCUGGGCCGCGAGCGCGGCCACGCACUGGCUGUUCGGGAAGUUUGCCUGCAAGGCCGUUUACUGCAUCUGCAAAAUGAGUUUCUUCAGCGGGAUGCUGCUCCUGCUGUCCAUCAGCAUCGACAGGUACUUCGCCAUCGUCCAGGCGGCCUCGGCCCACCGCCUGCGGCCCCGCAUGAUAUUCAUCAGCAAGGUGACGUGCGUCAUCAUCUGGCUCCUGGCCUUCAUCCUCUCCAUCCCCGAGCUGGUUCACAGCGGUGUGAACAACCUGGAGACCCAUCCCCGUUGUUCCAUCAUCGCUCACGACCUGCAGACCUUCAACACCGGCAUCAAAGUGUCGCAAAUGGUGUUCGGCUUCUUAAUCCCCCUCCUGGUCAUGUCUUUCUGCUACCUCGUCAUCAUCAGAACGCUACUCCAGGCCCGCAACUUUGAGAAGAACAAAGCCAUCAAGGUCAUCAUCGCUGUGGUCAUUGUCUUCGUCGUCUUCCAGCUGCCCUACAAUGGUGUCAUGCUGGCCAAGACCAUCUCGGCCUUCAACCAGACCAGCUCGUGUGAGGAGAGCAAGAAGCUGGACGUGGCGGACGACGUGACCUACACCCUGGCGUGCUUCCGAUGCUGCCUCAACCCCUUCCUCUACGCCUUCAUCGGCGUCAAAUUCCGCACCGACCUCUUCAAGCUGCUGAAGGAGCUGGGCUGCCUGAGCCAGGAGCGCCUCUGGCAGCUCACCAGCUGCCGCGAGAGCAAGAGGUUCUCCUUCGCCAUGGAGACAGAGACAACCACCACCUUCUCCCCGUGAGCCGAGCCCCGGGCGUGCUGGGGCCGAGCUGGAACGGUUCUGAACACUUCCUCUACUCUGAACUCCCGGCAGAGCGAAGCCUGACAAACUGCAGGGAAGGCAAGAGGAAAACCCAGGAGCCUCCCCCUGGGAGAGACUCCAAUAGGAUUGUCACUAACAGCAAAGCAAGGGAGAGGUGGUGAGUGUACAAUUCCUCCUGCCAUUUCACCUUUAGUUUAGUCUUUCCCAGUCAAAAUCAGAAAUGCUCAAAAUAGAACAUUUUCCCUAAAAGCAACAAAUACCCAGAGAAACAGGCACUGGGGCAGCAGAAAUGUUUGGUUUGGAGCUGAGCUUCCAGGAGCAUCACCCUUGCUUUGGAUGUUACUUUUUACAAGACAACCUGUUGCUCUGCAGUCCUACAGAAAUGCCCCUUGCACCGAGUCAGUCCAAGACAAACCAGCACCCACAGCCUUUGCCUCACACUCGAUCCAACACACAACACCAGCUGUGGAGCACCCGAGCACUCGACUCUGCUCUGCCUUCCCCCAUCAGAAGCCAGAAAUGCCUAUAACUAAUAACAAAUACAUACAAAUUAUAGCCACAAUUUCAAUUACUUUGUAUAAUACUGUGGCCACUCGUAAGUUUUUCAGGAAAAGUACAAAUUCCACUUCGCUUCUGCCUGUAUCUUCUUUCUGUGCUAUCACCUGCUGGCUUCAAGAGAUAAACGUGAGGGUGGGUUUUCUCCUUCCCCUCCCAACCAAUGUGUCCUUCUAGCAGGACUUCAGCUGCCUUUGAAGUCAGAUCUGUGUUUCACUCAUAAGCUACUGGGACGUGUUUUGCCUCGGUGCUGUCGGCACCAACUAAGACGCCGCUCGCCGGGGUUUGAUCUAAACGCAAAGGACAGUCAUGUGUGGAAAAUCCCUGCCAGGGCCACAGCAGCUGAACAGCAGAUUGCCAUGGAAAGUCUGUCAUGGAAAGUCAGGCCUUGGAAGAGCCCAGGCUGUAAUUCCAGUUGGCACUUUGACGGGAAGAGCGAAGAUUCCUGCUGACAGAUGACCACCCUGGGAAGCGCCGCCGUGGGACAGCUGCAGUCAGGGGGAGCUGCUGCACGGCCUGUGCAGCUGUUCCUGCCCUUGUCCUGGGAGCUCUGAUCCCACAGCUCUCCCAGAGCCAGUGGAGAGAGCUCUCGGCCAGGAGCCGCUCCCAGGGCUGGCAGGGGAAGCCUGUCCACGUUCCCCUGGACACACAGAACCUUGUGCAGCAAAACACUCACUAAGACAUUCAUCCUCUUUUUUAACACACAGAUCCAUCGGCAGUGACACAGGGAACUCCAUGGAUUGCAGGUUGGAAAGCACUGCCUCAGGGACA